AUGGAAACUGACCUCAGGUUUUCGCAGUUUGUUUGGUAUGAGGACAAGGCGAUAUUUUGGUAUGAGGACAAGGAGAUAUUUGGGUAUGAGGACACGGAGAUAUUUGGGUAUGAGGACACAGAGAUAUUUGGGUAUGAGGACAUGGAGAUAUUUGGGUAUGAGGACAAGGAGAUAUUUGGGUAUGAGGACAAGGCGAUAUUUGGGUAUGAGGACACAGAGAUAUUUGGGUAUGAGGACACGGAGAUGUUUGGGUAUGAGGACAUGGAGAUAUUUGGGUAUGAGGACAUGGAGAUGUUUGGGCAUGAGGACACGGAGAUAUUUGGGUAUGAGGACACGGAGAUAUUUGGGUAUGAGGACAUGGAGAUGUUUGGGUAUGAGGACACGGAGAUAUUUGGGUAUGAGGACACGGAGAUGUUUGGGUAUGAGGACACGGAGAUAUUUGGGUAUGAGGACAUGGAGAUAUUUGGGUAUGAGGACACAGAGAUAUUUGGGUAUGAGGACAUGGAGAUAUUUGGGUAUGAGGACAAGGAGAUAUUUGGGUAUGAGGACAAGGAGAUAUUUGGGUAUGAGGACAUGGAGAUAUUUGGGUAUGAGGACAAGGAGAUAUUUGGGUAUGAGGACAAGGAGAUAUUUGGGUAUGAGGACAAGGAGAUAUUUGGGUAUGAGGACAUGGAGAUAUUUGGGUAUGAGGACAAGGAGAUAUUUGGGUAUGAGGACACAGAGAUAUCUGGGUAUGAGGACAAGGAGAUAUUUGGGUAUGAGGACAUGGAGAUAUUUGGGUAUGAGGACAAGGAGAUAUUUGGGUAUGAGGACAAGGAGAUAUUUGGGUAUGAGGACAAGGAGAUAUUUGGGUAUGAGGACAAGGAGAUAUUUGGGUAUGAGGACACGGAGAUAUUUGGGUAUGAGGACACGGAGAUAUUUGGGUAUGAGGACAAGGAGAUAUUUGGGUAUGAGGACAUGGAGAUAUUUGGGUACAAGAAUUAUACUCCAGAAUCAUGUCUAAAAUUGCCCCAAAUUUUGAGUUUGCUUAUCAUGAAUAAAUUAAACUAG